AUUAACUUUAAAAGCUUACACUGAAACAUAAAUGCAUUAAAAAUAUUUAAAGGUUAAGUAAAAAAACAUAAAUAUCCUUGUUAACAAUAUUUUAGCAAUAUUUUAUCCUUAUUAAUGAUAUUUUAUCCUUAAAAAGUCUUAUAACUAAAAAUCUUGUACCUUUCUAAACCAUACCAUAACAACAUAAACCGAACUCACCCUUCCUACCUAUAUAAAAAUUUUUAAAAAAUAAACUACAUCAUCAAAAAUAACUCCAAAAGUCCCAUCUCAAAUUCCUUCCAAAAUCAAAAUUUGGAAAUAAAGGAUCUCAAAUGAUGCCCCGUGUGAUUUUUGGCAUCUUUUCCUAUUCGAGGACGUGUGGUCCUUUACUUUAAACAACGCUUCCGUGCUGGGGAUACAAAACCCAGAGAGGCUUGGGGUGGGGGGGAAAAGGAGGAGAAAAGAGAAAGUAAGGAACAGGAACACGCUGCAGCGCGCACAGAACUACAAUUCCCAGCGCUCCCGGUGCGGGAAGAGCGGCUGGAGCGCAGCGGAAGGGCCGGCCGGGCUCUGCCGCUGACCGGGGCCGGCGCUGCUUCCGCACACGGCGCAGCAGAGACACCAGCUGUAGGUGUUGGUUAUGGCUGCAGUGUAUCAAGCACUGCACAGGAGAGUUUCCUCCCUUGCCUGCAGGUUGCACUCCACCUAUGUGAGAAAAAUGAGAUACUUAAAUCAGUUAAAGGAAGAUGACAGCCUUUGUAGACAAGCUCAGACCUCAGGAACUUUCUACCUCUUUCACAAUCUCUCCCCCUUCCUGCAGAAAGUUGGGAAGAAAUAUUUGGUACCACAGCUCAGUGCAGCAGAGACGAGACAGAUUCUGGGGAAGCUGCAGGAGGCCGAGCAGUGGAUGGAGAAGUCGGUGCUGAUCGGAUGUUCGGACGAGCACAGGCCGCACUUCGCGCUGGAUUUAGGAGCCUUGGAUAAAUCAGUCAUUGAGGCAGAACUGCAGGGAUCAUUUACUGACCUACGGAAAGCUCUCUUUGUCGUGGACAGGAAGGAUUCUCCUUUGCUGGCUUCAGCCCAGUCCCUCCUGCGGUGGCACGAUUCCCACCAGUACUGCAGCAGAACUGGGCAGCCCACUGAGAAGAACCCAGCUGGCAGCAAACGUGUCUGCCACGCCAGUGGAGUCACUUACUACCCUCAGGUGUCUCCAGUGGUCAUCACCCUGGUGUCUGAUGGGAGCCGCUGCCUCCUGGCCCGACAGCCCUCGUUUCCCCCGGGGAUGUUCACAGCUCUGUCAGGCUUCUGUGACAUGGGCGAGAACGUGGAGGAGGCAGUGCGGCGAGAAGUGGCCGAAGAGGUGGGGCUGGAGGUGGAGUCGCUCCGCUACUCGGCGUCCCAGCACUGGCCCUUCCCCAGCAGCUCCUUAAUGAUUGCCUGCCACGCCCUGGUGGGAGCGCAGCGGGCGGAGAUCAGUCUGGACACCCUGGAGCUGGAGGAAGCCCGUUGGUUUGGCCUGGAGGAAAUUGUGGAGGGUCUCAAGAGGGAGCCCAGCUCUUCCAAGCAAGAUGAUGGCAGUUUUUUACCCUGGUUCCCUCCCAAACAGGCCAUUGCUCACCAGCUGAUCCGUGAGUGGCUUCAGCAGCAGAGUGCCCAGACAGCUUAGGCAGGGCUUUAUCCACUCUGUGAUUCCAGAACUGUCAAAGCUCCACAGAAAAGAUUCCAAAGCUCCUGGAGGCAAGGGCUCUGUCACAGCGAGGGCAGCACUCAAGACACACUGACCUACAAAGGUCUCUGAACUGGUCUGACAGGCCCAUGUACAGUGGAUCACCUCUGAGAUCCCAUGGUUUGAAGUAAAUGUACAAUAAAAUUCUUAGUUCCAAAGCAUCCAACUUGUUGUGACCAGCUGUCACUGACCCCAAGGCACCAAUGCCCCAUUUUCAUCCAUUUUUUCUGUCUUGGGUGGACAUUGAAUGCACCCUUUUUCUCAGAACAAAAAUAAAGGGAGAGUGGCACUUUC